UUAACAUCACAGAAAAGAAGUCCUUUUGUUUAAGCGAAAGCCACUAAGUUCUAAAGAAGUCUGAUGACGACCGUCAUGUCUGUGCCACCAGAAACCGAUGCGGCGGUAAAGAUAGAAGAAGCGGAGGAAACAACAACAACAACACCGGAGGUAAAGUGGCCAGGAUGGCCGGGAUACAACGUGUUCCGGCUGAUUGUUCCGGUCGUCAAAGUCGGAAGUAUAAUUGGCCGUAAAGGAGAACUCAUUAAAAAAAUGUGCGACGAAUCUCGCGCCCGGAUACGCGUCCUUCAAGGCCCUCCGUCCAUCGCCGAUCGCGUUGUUUUGAUAACUGGAAAAGAAGAGCCGGAAGCAGCUCAAUCUCCUGCCAUGGAUGCAGUGAUAAGAGUGUUCAAACGUGUCAGCGGUUUAUCUGCCGGUGAAGGUGAUAGUGUUACUUCAGCUGUUGCUGGUGCUGCAUUUUGCUCCAUCAGUUUAUUAGUUGCGUCGUCGCAAGCGAUAAACUUAAUUGGCAAGCAGGGAUCUACAAUCAAAUCGAUCCAGGAAAGCUCCCGUGCCACUGUCCGUGUUUUAUCAGAAGAGGAAGCGCCUUCGUAUGCUGCUUCAGACGAGAGAGUUGUUGAGAUACAUGGUGAAGCUUUAAAUGUUUUAAAAGCAUUAGAAGGGGUUAUAGGCCAGCUGAGGAAGUUUUUGGUUGACCAUACGAUCAUUCCUUUGUUUGAGAAAAAUUCCAAUGCAGUAGCCUCUCAGGACCGCUCAGCUGAUGUUAGAGCUGAUAAAAUUUAUCCCUCACUCCCUUCCCUCCAUUCAGCUCCUGCAUCUCAGGUUGGAAUUGGUUCUGAAUACUCUCUGUCCUUGAAGCGAGAUCCUUCAAUGUAUGAUCCUGAAUCACAUCUUGACCCAAAAAUCUCGCAAUCAGGACUUUCACUUUAUGGGCACGAUUCUUCACUUAGCGGAUUACGUUCAACAGUGCUUGGUCGCACAGCUGCUCCUAUAGUUACUCAGAUGACACAAACUAUGCAAGUACCUCUCUCGUAUGCUGAGGACAUCAUUGGAGUUGGUGGAUCAAAUAUUGCAUACAUUCGUCAUACUAGCAGAGCAAUUCUUACGAUACAGGAGAGUAGAACACCUGAUGAGAUCACCGUGGAAAUCAAAGGCACCACGUCUCAGGUUCAGAUGGCACAACAACUCAUUCAGGACUUCAUUAAUAGCCAGAAGGAGCAGACUGCUGGCAGUAUUUAUGGGAAAGUGGAUACAGGAUAUAGUUCAUAUUCACAAGCAGCGGAGACCACCUACCCUUCAUCUUCUUUUGGAUCACAUCUAGGAGGAUAUGGAUCAUCAAGCUUUGGCGGGUAUGGAUCCCCCGGAGUAGGAGGUUAUAGCAGUUACAGGUUUUGAACGUUUGCAUGAAAUUUUCCCUGUAGGAUAUUUUACUUUUUCAAUAUAAUUGGAAUUUGUGUUUGGUCGUAUUCAAUUUUAGAAUAACAUAUUUGAAUUAUUAAAUAAAGUUACGUGGAUUGACAAUA